CCGCCUGCCUUUGUGCUGCUCUCAUUGCACAUCCCGUCCUUCCCUUUCCGCACCUUCUCUCCUCCCCUCACACUGUGCGGUAUCUUCCCGAGCUCCAUUGCGGAUGCUGCUGGGCCCGCGCCAUAUUGUAAGCGGAGAGCUAGCCGUCAGCCCCUGCCUUCAUCCUCCUCUCCAGCCCUGGCACACCUCGGCCGCCGAGCGCUCGGUGACGUGAUCAUGUCUCAAGCUGUUCAAGCCAACGGUGCUCAACCCCUGAGCAAAACAUGGGAGCUCAGCCUUUACGAACUGCAGAGGACACCACAGGUAGAAGCAAUUACAGAUGGCUUAGAAAUUGUAGUGUCACCGAGGAGCCUGCACAGCGAGCUGAUGUGUCCCAUCUGCCUGGACAUGCUGAAGAACACGAUGACAACCAAAGAGUGCCUGCACCGCUUCUGUGCCGACUGCAUCAUCACCGCUCUCCGAAGCGGAAAUAAAGAAUGUCCAACAUGUCGUAAAAAACUGGUAUCCAAAAGAUCACUACGGCCAGACCCAAACUUUGAUGCCCUUAUUAGCAAAAUCUAUCCAAGUCGAGAUGAAUAUGAAGCUCAUCAGGAAAGAGUUUUGGCCAGAAUCAGCAAACAUAACAAUCAGCAAGCGCUAAGCCACAGUAUUGAGGAAGGUCUAAAGAUACAAGCAAUGAACAGGUUACAAAGAGGUAAAAAGCAGCAGGUGGAUAAUGGGAGUGGGCCAGAAGACAACGCGGACAGUUCUCACUGCAGUAAUGCUUCUGUGCACAGCAAUCAGGAAGCGGGGCCGAGCAACAAGAGGACCAAGACAUCGGAUGAUUCAGGGUUGGAGCUGGACACCAACACUGAAGCCGUUACACUGGAUCCAGCCCUGGAUGGAUCCAGUGAGAUAGAGUUGGUGUUUAGGCCGCACCCUACUCUGAUGGAGAAGGAUGAUAAUGCUCAGACUCGGUACAUAAAGACUUCUGGAAAUGCUACCGUUGAUCAUUUAUCCAAAUACUUGGCCGUCAGGUUGGCUCUUGAAGAAUUUCGAAGCAAAGGAGAGACAAACCAAAUGAAUCUCAACACUGCCAGUGAAAAACAGUACACCAUAUAUAUUGCUACAGCAAACGGACAAUUUACAGUGCUAAAUGGUUCCUUUUCCUUGGAACUAGUCAGUGAAAAAUACUGGAAGGUGAAUAAACCAAUGGAACUUUACUACGCACCCACUAAGGAGCACAAAUAGCGUGGACGCAUUCAGAGGGGGGCUCUUCCGUGCCCCGAGGAUUACUAUGAUGUGGACUUCUCGAGACCUGACGGACAUUAGUCAGCUUAUUUUGUGAGAGUGUUUUUGCAGGUGGCCUCUUGGAGCAAAGGGACUUCUUUGACACAAGGACCAUGGCUAUAUCCAAGGAUGCUUCAUGUUAUAUGUAUUUAUUUAUUUAGUAAAAUGUUGGUACCUGGUAAGUGUGCGUUGUAUGGACUCAAGUAUAGGAGGGCACGUCUGAUGUAAACUAAUGCUAGCGAUGUAACAGUUCUUGGUCUUGGAGCACAAUGACUGUAUCAAGUGGGGACAUAUGCUACAACGUGUCCAUAAACCUGUUGAAUAUUACAUUAAUGUUCAUUUUCUAAACUGCUCACAUACGGCCUCCAUUUUAUAUCUGCAGCAAUGAAACGGUCAGAAGAGGCUUAUGUGGCAUCUG